CCGUUCCCCCCUCCUCCCUCUCAUCAAAUCAAGCAGCUGCUACUACGGUACCCUACAUUUAUUUUUUCUGGCCUCACUGGCCUGCAUUGAUUUUCCGCUCGCCGGUUGUCGCGACCCGGGCACACCACGUGCUUCUCCCCCGCCUCCAUUUGUCAGCCGUGCUCAUCUUGCAUCGGCGCGCAAUGGCGUCUGCGCUGGGCCAUGCUGACGUGGCUAGACUAAGUUUCGCGCGAACUUCUGUCCUUCGCGGCGGGGAGCGGACGACGUCCUCGUCGCUCGCUGCUUUAUCCAGUGCGUCUGCCGCGACGUCGCACGCGCCGAUCCCGACGACCAUUCAGCGAUGGCCACGUGGCGCGAAUCAAUCAAGUCCAGGGCACAGCAACUUACCGACUGCAUCCUUUGCAGUUGCGAAAAGGCACACGUCGUCAGGAGGUUUGGCGUUUGAAACGGAGAGCGGUACUCAGAAGAGGGAAAAAAGAAGAAGUCAGAAAAGAAGUAUUUUUUGCUGCAGCAGCUCUGAGACGCCAGAGGUGAUCACGGAAGCACGGAAGGUUCAGAUGGAUGCGACAGAAAUGCUUGCGGAGUUGUUAAAGGCGAAGGAUCCAGGGGCGAAAGCACGAGAGAAUGUUGAGUCCUUGACAGAAGAAUUCUUCAUGAUCGCCUCCACUUACCUCGACCUGGCCAAGAAGGAAGGAAACAUUGAAGUUACGAACCAAUUGGAGACGACGCUGAAGUUGGCGUUGGAAGAGAAAGAAAAGACUUUGCGGCCGGAGAUUCGCGUACUCAAUAUUCUGUUGAGAGGCAAGUCCCCUGCAGAACGAGCGGACACAAUUGCGAAGAACCGAUCCCAUUUCAGUAGCGACAGCUAUUUCUUCACUCUGCUCAACCGAAUGAUCCAAGAUGUAGAGAGGCAGAAAACAAAUGCACAACGUGCCCAGCUUCUAGCUCAAUUGCGAGCGAUCCGCCGAGAGACGCAGGAGGUGUCGAAAUCAAUGAAAAGGACAGAGCAAAAAUAGUAAUAAAUACUUAUAAAUACAAAUAAUAUAUAUAAAUUGAAAUUAGACAGUCAGGUAGUUCAGUCAGCGGAUUCUUCUCGUGUUUCCUCUUCUCUUCUCCCGUUCCUCCCUCCUCCUCUCCUCUCCUCCCUCCUCUCCGACCUUCUCUCUGUGCCUUCUUUUGUACCAUAUCUUCUAUGCAUCCCAUCUCCUCUCUCCACUCUCCUCUACCUUGCUCCUCUCCCUUGAUCCUCUCCCUUGGUCCUCUCGCUAGCUCGCGUUUCGUCCUCUUUCUUCCUCUUCUCGCCUACCUUCUCUCCAACCCUCCCUCCGACGUUCUCUCGUACCGUAUGUCCUAUCCAUCCCAUCUCCUCUCUCCUCUUUUUUCCUCUUGUCUUCUCCUUCUUCUCCCUCCUACUCCUUCUCUCCUGCCUUCUCUCGUACCCUAUCUCCAUUUCUUCCCAUCUCCUCUCCUCUGCUCCUCUCCCUUGCUCCUCUUUCUUGCUCCUCUCUCUUGGUUGUCGCUUGCCGAGCUUCUCUCGUACUCUCUCUUGGGCUUCCUCUCCUACUCUCUCUUACCUUCUCUUCUGCCUUCUUCCGCAUCUUCUCUCCUCUACUCCCCUACUCUUCCCUCUUCUUCUCUUCUCCUCCUAGCCACUUCCCUUCUUUCUUCCCCUGCCCUCCCCCCCCCACCACCACCCACCCUCUUGGCCCCUUGCCUCGUCUCUACCCCUUGUUCCCCUGAUUCUCUGUUCUUUUGCCUUUUUCUUCCUCUUUCCGUUUUUGUCCUUUUCUCUUUCCGCUCUUUCUUUGAGUUGUCUUCCUGUCAAAUAAUUACCCAAUGUGAAGGUUGAAUCGGUGCAGAAUCAAUGAGCAGCACUUCCUUUUUCUUUUUUUGGUCAUGGCAGCUAACUGUUAUACGCGAUAGGGUAAUCAAUAGGUUCGGAAAAA